GUACCUAUUGCAGAGCGAAGGCCUUAACAAUCUGGAUUCUGGAUAAACAACAAUGUUGCCUGCUGACAACGAGUUGCUUAUAGUUGCUGAUUGCUUUUGAAAUAAUCGUGCUGAAUGAAUCCUGAUUAGGCUGGAAAAUGCCGAAGAAAACGGCCAACUUCGUCGACAACUUCUCAAAAGUGAUCAACAGGCGUAAAAUCCAAAAGAAGAAACUUCCAGGAAAUAGCAGAAGCUACAACGAACAAGAGAUUUCAGCACCUCCAGAAGGUACACCUGUAUCAUUGAGAAAAGUUAAACUAGCCGGUCCAUUUAUUCUUGGGCCGACUGUUGGCAAUUCGCCUGUUAAGAGUAUAGUCCAAUGCUUGGCACGACUUCAAGGGACCGAUGAAUUUUAUACAUUAAAAAUACUGACUUUGAAGGAACCAAAGGAAGAAACUCAAGAUGACCGCCAGGGUAAAAUGCUUCUUCACUCAGAGUAUUCUUUACUUUCAUUAUUACAUGACCAACCGAAUGUAAUUCAUCAUCAUGGAUUUUUCAAGGAUCGAGCAUUUGAAGAAAAGGUCAAUGCAGAGGGAAAACUUGUCUACACUGGUAGGAUAAUAAAACGAGUAUGUCUUGUUCUGGAUUGCCUUGUAUCUCAUGACUACUCGGCAAAAACUGCAGAUUUAAUAAACCUUCAACACUAUGUGAUAAAGGAGAAGAAAUUGUCGGAAAAAGAAGCCACUCUGAUACUAUUCAAUACAGUCAAGGUUGUUCACAGCCUACAUGAGAGAAAUAUAGUUCACAGAGAUCUGAAACUUGGAAAUUUAGUGCUUCAUCGGAGCACUCAUAGAGUUAUCGUAACAAAUUUCUGCUUGGGAAAACAUCUAGUAAGCGAAACAGACCUGCUGAAAGAUCAAAGAGGAUCACCGGCAUAUAUUUCACCUGAUGUUCUCUGUGGGAAACCUUAUGUUGGAAAACCUUCGGAUAUGUGGGCUUUAGGAGUUGUUCUGUUCACAAUGCUUUACGGCCAAUUUCCAUUUUAUGAUUCAAGUCCUACACAAUUGUUUAAUAAGAUAAAAGCUGCUGACUACCAAAUCCCAAGCGAUGGAAGGGUCAGUGAAAAUAUGAUCUCUUUGAUUAAAAAUCUUUUGGUUUUAAAACCAGAAGAACGGCUGAAAACUCAUCAAGUCAUGGAUGCCCUGUCUACAAUUUACGCUUCACUAGAAGCUGGAGAAUCUGAUUUAUUGCUGCAGGUUGUACCAGAUAUUGAUGAUAAAAAAGAAGAGAAGGUUGAGAUUGUAGAGCAGAAAAAUGAGGCAACUUCAGAUUAUUUUAGAAACCCAACCCAAUUUCGAGUGGCCAAAAUAGUGACAGUAAGACCAGAACAGCAGAAAAGACAUGGACAAGUUCCAGUCCAUCGUGUCGGUGAGGAUGCGCGUGAAAUAACACAGCAAGAAUUAAACAGAUUCCGUCAUUUGCUUCCUUCCAACUUGAGAGUUGAUUCUAACACGCCAAAUCGGUCAGGAAGAGGUGCUAGGCUGACCAUUUCGCACAAUUUACCAUGGUCACCACAAUCGCAACGCAAUCUUAUCAACAGACUAUCACUGUUCAUAAGGUCACGAAUUGAUAACCCAGAACCUAAUGCCAGCCAGUGAAAUAAGUUUAUUAUGUAUAAAUAAAAAUCAUAACAAUAUAUUUUUGCUAAUCUAUUACAAA